CAAACAAUUUUGUUUUCCAGACUGAUCCAGCGAGCGACUCCACACCUCGACUCGUCCAGCGGCAGCAGCAGCACAGAUUUAUUGGGAUUGUCGAACAUACCGACCGAAACGCGACUGCGACAGACUUUUCAAGGACUUCACUUUUGAUUUGAACACGUACAUUUUUAUUUCUUGCCCACUUUAAUUAGUUCCUCCAGUUACCGCCGUCUCGCUAAAAAUUGAGAUGAGGACUCUGUGGUUGCUGUUCCUCGUCGGGCUAGCCCCGGGAUUCAUAAGUGAAAAAAUGCUGGUCUCUUCCCAGUCACUCGAAUUUCUGGGAGAUGACCUUUACAUAGAGGGUCAAACAUCAGGUGACCUCCCGGUAGAUGAUGAAGAUGGGGAUGACUUCGGCUCAGGAUCUGGAUCCGGAGACUAUGACAAAGAUGACGAAGAGGCGGUGAUCCUUACCACAUUUGUUAGCUCGAACAAGAACAAAGAAAUGCUUCCAACCCGGCCAACGACAGACUCUGGUCACGAUCAACCAACCAAAGCAGCCGACAGCCGCGAUCCGCCGACCACAGUGUUGGACAGCGAGACAGCAACAGUGAGGGAGGACACCAACGACAAGGAGGCGCCGACAGCUGACUGGUUCACACACGCUCCCAGUCCCAGCUCCACCUCUGAGGAGGGCGAGGACAUGAAAGAAGCCGACGAGGACAACAGCCUGGAUAGGUGGGACUCCUCCUCCUCCUCCGCCCCGAAAGAUGGCGGAGAUGAAGUCGCGAACGAAGUUGAGACAAAUGAAAUCCUCGUGAGCCGAGGCAGCAGGAUGUUUGACUCUCCUGAUGAUGUGACAUCUGAGAGCAUGUGGGAGCGAACGGAGGUGCUGGCAGCGGUGAUAGCAUGCGUGGUGGUCGGAUUGUUUUGCGCCAUCUUCCUCCUUGUCCUCCUCGCCUACCGCAUGAAGAAGAAGGAUGAAGGGAGUUACGACCUGGGGGACACCAAACUUUCCACAACGGCUUACCACAAAGCACCAACCAAGGAGUUUUACGCCUGAACUGACCAAUAGAGACUGUGAAUAGAUAUCAUCACCUGCCAGUUUGGACUCAGAGCGGCUCAAUAUCAGCUUUAUUUUCAGAUCUUCAACAGCAGCAAACUUCCCCUCCUCAUCUUUCCCGUCUGCUAUCUUUUCACGUCUCUGUCUUUAGUCUGCAUAAUUCUCCAAGAGAGUGGGAGAAUUCAAAUGCAUUCAUAUCAUUCCAAUCUGGGAAAGGAGUGGAAGUGUCUCUAGAGUAUCACAGGAUUACAGCCAUUGUAGUUAAGGGAGGUCCAUUCAACACUGUGCCUUAAACCCACACUGCCUGUCUAAGAUGGACUCACAAUUGUGUCAGCUGGGCUAAACGGUCAUAAGGAAGUCGACUGAAACCAAAAAGUAGGACACCGUCAUUGUGUUUUGAAUGAUGUCAUAAAAUGGUACGAGUAUUCCAAAGAACCGAGCGUUGAUCCCUUUUUGUUCGAGGUCAGAUUUCAAGUGUUGUUACAUUUCAUUUAGCGCUUUUUGCUGACUGUAUGAAUGUUUUUGUUCUUGUCAUGACAAGUGAAUAUGUAAUUCCAUAUUCUGUCCAGUAUUGGUACGUGAGAUUGGGUUCCUCUGCAGGUACAUAACUUUGUUUGCCCCUCAUAAAUGUUAAAUUGUAACUAAUCAAUAUACAUGCUCUCUUUGUUGUCUUUGGAAAUUGUAGCUUCUUUGUGGAUUUUUUUUGUUUUUGUUUUUUUGGACCCAAAAGCCAUUUUAAAGAGAAAACUAUUGGAGUCUACACAUUGCAUUCCCAUUGCCUUUACGCACACAGUAUGUCAGCUUUGCAUUGAACUUUCUUAAUAUUUACAUUACUAUUUUCUGUGAUGACUGAGUGCAGCAAGCAAAGCCAAACCACAUUCCAUUGCAAUUGCCAACUGUAUGCAGCUAUAAUAACAGGUUUGGCUGGUGACGCCAUUGAGGGCCUUUCUGCACAAUAAGGUUUUUCAGUAAAAUAACAGUUUCUCUGCAGGUUUCUAGUGUGAUGAUGCAGUACUUUUGUAGUUAUUCUGUUUUAUCUUCAUAUGUUUUAGCAUUUCCUCUAGUGCAAAUUGUACACCAAAGCAUUUUUUGUUUGCGUUGUGGCUUGAGGGAACAUUAUUUUGGAGCAGUCUUUUUUUUUUUUUUUUUUUCAAAAGUUGCCUCAUAGUUGGGCCUCUUUUUUAAAAAAAAAAAAAAAAAAGAAAAGCUCUACUGAAAUAUUACCAUAUUUUUAAUGUUUUGCAGCAGUUUUGCUUUGAUUAAAACGUAUUCCCUUUCCACAACAUGCAAUACCUCCCACCUUUUGUCAGUUUUAAUUGGUGUUUUUUUUUUGCAGAAGAUUAGAAUCCCAUGGAUUUCUCAAAUUUCCUGGAGAAAUGUGGGCAACGAACGACAUUUCAUGGCUGGAAUAAACAAACUAUUUGGAACAUUAACCCUCUGUGAUUUACUGUUCUCAUCAAGACCGAAAGGGUCCUAGUUGAUGGAACGGAGUCAGUAGUUCUUAAAAAAAUAUAUAUAUAUAUAUAAAUUAAUGUCUAGAUUUGGCUGAAAAGAACCACAUUCAUAAUUGCAUUUCACUUAAAACUCUAGAAAGAAAAAACUCGAUGAAAUGCAAACAUGCGCUGUGUGGUUUAAAGCAAAAGUUUAGCUCUUGAAACAUUCAUUUGGAAUUGUCUCCUAUGUAGUGAUGAUACGUUGACAUGUAUUAAUUUAUAUUAGACUAUAAUCAAUUUCAGUAUGUAAAAUGUACAGAUAAAUAUCUUUGUUCCUGCGGAUUAGAUUAUUUCAAAUGUAUGUUUUAUUAUAUUUCUGGUUCAGUUAAUUGUUCGUAAACCAGAUGUAUGCAAUUGUCUUGAAUACAUGAAUGAAUACAUAUAAUAAAAGCAGAGAAACUAUUUA